CAGUAGUCAUGUGCGGGAAGGGAUAGGCAACCACAAAGCCAGGGAACAGAGAGACGGGCUUCUUCCGAUGCAUGGGCGCCAGCCUCCGCCGCCGCCUCCGCCGAAGGAUGUCAGCAGGGAGGGGACGCUAGACGAGCAUCCCCUGUUCGAGGCGUUGUACGUGGUUUCCGUCGAGGAGGACGCUUCGAACAGGGGGGGGGAUGGCGGCGCCGCAGCCCCGAGUUCCAGCGUGGAGGCGUACCAGCGUGCCAGCAGACAGUGCCCGCCUAGGGUGAUCUGGAGAUUUCCAUCAUCUGGCGAGACUGCGGUGAGGGAGGAGGACGUGCUCAAGUUUUGCUUUCCUGACAGGGAAGCCAUCAAGCCUUCCAGGCCGGCGAAUUUCGUGGCGGAAGAGUUCGUGUUCGUGGUGACGGAUGCCUCAGGAGCUAAGGCCUACGGAUUCUGCAGGAGGGUGCUCCCAUGCGGCACGGGCGGCAGGUACGACGUCGGACGGUGGCGGUUGCCCGAGUGCCUCUGCCUGGUCAGCCGAAGACCGUUUUUCGGGAUCUUCAACAGCGUACUCGCGGCAGGGCAGGCCCUCCGGCUGCUCCAACAGGCACAUCCCACACAAGGUGAAAGCGGCGGUCAACAACAAAGAUGGAACAACAGCAGUAGCUCGCCAACCAGCAGCAGCAAGCUGGAGGGUUUGCUAGCGGAGCUGUUGGCGAGAGGCGUGCGGGGAGGGGACGUGCCUGGCCCCGGGCAGGAGCUGGUGGCGAGUGGGCUGCGCUUCGUGCAGCCGGUGGACGAGCACAUGAGCCUCAACGACGUCCCUGUUAUCCCUCUGCUGGUACGACUGGGGCCCCGCAACUUCCUCCGCCUGUGGUCGGCCAUCCUUUGCGAGAGGCGAGUUCUGCUGGUGGCGGACGAGGUCCGGACUCUGUCGUGCUGUGUGCACGCCGCCAUGGCGAUGCUCUACCCCUUCGCGUGGCAGCACGUCUUCAUUCCCCUCCUGCCGACCGACAUGCUGGAGUACGUGUCCGCGCCCAUGCCGUUCGUCAUCGGGGUCCGCACGUCUCAGCUGGAGUCUGUGAAGCGCCAGCCAAUGAGCGAGGCCGUUUUCGUCCAUCUGGACAGGGGAGAGCUCACGGGAUCGACGGGGAUGGCCCCUGUCCCUGACAUCUGUGACGGAGUGAAGGAGCACCUGGCUUCGGCGACCCAGAAGCUAGACAGAGCCCUCGGGAAGCUGGCCCUCCUCACACGUGGUGGCAACAAAGACGGCGGCGACAGAGGGCCUCGAGACGAGCGCGUCGGUUCAAAAGGCAUGACCAAGGAUGGCAUCAACGACACCGCAAGUACCCUUUUCGCCGAGGUCAAGGCGAUAUUUUCCAAAGCCAAAAAGCAACGACCAGCCGGAGGAGGCGGCAGUGAGAUGGUGACCCCGGAGGAUCAUUCUCUUAGAGAAGCUCUCGUGGGUUUCAACAUCGGGCUGUUCGGCGACCACCGGACUAUCCUUCGGAGGCAGCCCGAUGCAUCCGUCAAGGUCGAUCACGACUACUUCAUAAGGUAUCGCGAACAGAGGGGAGACUCGGAGGGAGUGCUACGCUUCCUGAAGGAGUUCGCGCAGAGCCAGAUGUUCCACAUGCACAUGAUGCACGUUAAGGACCGACUGCGCGACAAGCAGAACCCAUGCACCCCGAGCCCCAGCGACGGAGCACGAGACCACCGCCAUCACCCCUCCCCCGCGACCUUCCUGCGCGUGAGCGACCAGCUCACCCUCAGGGGUGGGUGGGGCGACGCGAAUGGGAAUGGGGGGGGGGGCUUCGCACCCGCCUCGGUCAAGAGGGCCCUGAGCAAGGUGUUGGCGGAGGCGUUGCCAGCCGGGUCCGGUUCCAACUCCUACGGUGACCCGACUUUGAACCCGAGGGCCCUCGCUGCUACAGCUAACGGCAACGCUUCCAUCAAGGACAUGGCCAAACUCAGGGCCGAGCUUUGCAGGACUGCGAGAGAGUCGGCCAAGCUGAGCGGAAUCAUGCGUGUGGUGUGGGCGAGACUGCUGGACUGCCGCGGCAACAAGUGGCCGCACGCCAUGGAAGGCCUACGGCUGCUGAAGGCCCUCCUUCUGUCGGGACCAGCGGGGUGCAUCGCCGACGCCCUCAACCAUGUGCCUCUCAUCCGGCGCCUCACGCAGUACCCCAAGGGAUGGGAGGAUGCGGGAGCGGUGGGGGGGGGUGGGGGGGAUGCUGGGAAAGCAUCCCCGAGGAUCCGGGCCAUGGCUCGGGAGGCAAUUCUAGUGGUGACGCUCAUCAUGGACAUGAAGAGACUGGCCUUGCGCCGCGAAGCGGUAGCGAACCUCGAGCAGCGGGAGGCGGACAGGGCAGCGGGGCUCCCGGAGAAGAUCAAGCUCCGUAGCCGGUGCAUGCCGGACUUCAGCACGUUCCACAACCUGGUGGGACAGGCGUCGUUCGGCGACUCCUCUAACCACACGGGAGGCUUUGAUAGCGGAGGCCAAGUCAGCAACGACGACGAGGUAGCGGCAGCCGUUGCAGGGGCGCUGUUCUCGUCGAGAAGCAAGUCUUCAGUAGGGGGAAGCAGCGAGUACGGUUCGCAGGGCGAUGGCGGGCUUCAAGGGCUACCGGGCUUCGGAGAUCUCGGAGAUUCCUCCAGCCGUGCCGCGUGGCAGGACCUGGCUGCUACGUACUCGCUGCCUGCUGCGGGUGGGGGAAGCGGCUACGACGAAGAGAGCAGCGAUGGCGAGAGCAACGGCGAGGGCACGCCGCCGCCGCCGCCGCCGCCGCCGCCGCUCCCUGGCCGCGGGGACUCCGUGGGAUCAUCCCGUGACGGCAGUGGGUAUGUCCACAACAGCAGCGCCCAAGGUCCUCUGGUGCAAGACUUGCUCUCGGACGAGUUCGUGGGACCGGGAAACGGUGGCAGCGCCAGCCCUAACCCUUUCCUAGGCCGGCAAUCCUUGGACGACAACGGCUUUCCAGUGCAAGAGGCGUCUUCAGGCUUGUCCACCGCGGUGGUCGGCUACACUUCCUCCCCGACAUCGCUGGCACCGCCGCCACCGUCACCAUGGGAAGUCCCUCGCCAGGAGGAAGACCUGUUCUCCUCUCAAGUCCCUGACUCCAACAACACCAUCCAGGUCGCUGCACAACCACCCCCACCGCAGCCGCCGCUCCCGGCUCCCUCGGCGGCGCCAUCAUCUCUUGGCCUUGAAACAGCCGCCAUCCCACCCACCCCGCCGCUUCCGCCGCCUCCGGCGUCGACGGCGUACUCAACAGUCUCGGCACCGGCACCGGCGGCGGCACCGGCGACGGCCGCGUAUUCAACAGUUGUGGCACCGGCAGCGGCGACGACCAGCUUCUCCUCGUCGCCGAGCUUCUCGGCACCGCAGACGUCCCAGAAGCAGCCACCGCCACCGGUAUCAACAGCUUCGUCGUCGUCGUCGUCGUUUCGACCGAGCCAGCUUUUCGCCCCACCCGCAACGGCCUCCGUGUCAUCCGUGAAACCCAGCCAGCUCUUCGCGGGACGUACCAGCGUCGGGAGGGGCGGCACCGCAGGCGGUGGGGGCGGGAUUUCGCGAGUACCCGCGUCGACCGGGGGGGUGUCGGGGCUCGUGGGGAGGUUCGAGCGGGCGUCACCUACACCCGCAGGACUGGUGACGGGCCAAGCGCAAAGCCAUGCGACCAAGGGGUGUGUGCAGGAGAUGCGCCCUGGACACGCAUACGGUCAGCACAUGCUGCAGCCGGUAGCUCGCCAGCAGGCAUCGGCGGUGCCCGCACCAGACCCGCAGCCACCGCCGCCGCAGCAGCAGCAGCAGCAGCAGCAGCAGCAGCAGCAGCCGCCACCGCCGCCGCAGCAGCAGGAAGCGUUGAGCUGGCGGCAGCAAGGCAUGCAGAGACAUUCGCAGCAGUACUUGGGUCACCAGCAGGUGGCGCGGCAGCAGAGCGAGGCCAUGCAGCAAAGGACGCAAGCGGGACAGCAGAUGUGGCAGCAGCAGCAGCAGCAGCAGCAGCAGCAGCAGCAGCAGCAAUAUCCUCAGCCACAACUGCAACCACCUCCACCUCAGGAACGUUUCGCACAACCGCCACCGCAACAUAUGCAGCAGCAGCCGCUGCAACAGCAGCAGCAGCAGCAGCAGCAACUUUGGCCACCUCAGCAGCAGCAGCAAUACCAACCGUUACAGAACGCCUACGCGCCAGGCAACCCCCAGUCGGGUUACGCGCCCCCCCCACAGGGAGGGCAGGCGUUUGGGGCCGGCUCUUCCACCCAAUGGAACCAACAGCAGCAGCAGUUGGCUGGAGCCGCCUUUGUUGGGCCGAACAACGGCCAAGGGGCGAGUGGGCCCGCGAGUGAAGACACUCAGGAUCCAUUCGCCGGCCUUUAGACGCGUAUAGCGGUCCGUUGGGCCGGAUUGGAUAUAUCCGUUGGACGGCGGUUGCGAUGCUGUUGGUGGUGCCGUGUGUUUGUCGACAAAACCGCUGCAAGCUUGACGAGGUCUGGUGAUAUUUUGGAGGGUGGGGGCGUACUAAUUUUUUACAUGCCUUAGCGGUUGGACCAUUGACCAAAACAGGACGUAGCAUCGGAGGGUAACAUGGGGGAGAUGUUGGUCCGACGGUUGGUCGACGACAAUGUGUGUGAGAUUGGUCCCUGGGCAGCGGAACCACGGCAGCAUGCUAACGGAAGCUCGCACAUUGAUGUCUUUGCGUUAUAGACUAUUUGCAUGUAUUUACUACUGUGUAGAUGAACAAGGAAGACCGGUCGCCUUGUGAAGGCCGGGGAGAUUGGGGUGUACCGAUGGAAUCUUCAAGCCAGUUGUCUCAUACUCAUGUGGUUGUCUUGAAGUUUUGGUUCGUUCAUACACCAAUACGUGCGUGUCAACGUCGAUAAUUAGUGUGUCUCACAAGUACUUACAGUGGUUGCGCACACUCUGUGGGUACAAUGUGCUCUGAGCAGAUUUUAAGACACGUUUUGAAAAGAGUUGGGCGGC